AUGUUGGCCGCUGACGUGUGCCCUAUUGCUGACGUGUACUAUGCCAACAGGGCGAUUGAGCGCCACGGCAAGUGCGGCAAUGUGGGCAUGGCGCGGCAAGUUUUCGAUGCCUUGGGCGAUAAAAAAAGGGACAUUUUUUCAUGGAAUUUGAUGAUCCUGGCUCAUGCGCGAAAGGGCGAGAUCAGGGAGGCUAAUAUUUUGUUUGAUUUGAUGCCGCUGUUUGAUAUGCCGACUUGGAAUGUCAUGCUUACAGCAUUUGCCAGAAGCGGGGAUUUGGAACAAGCCGAAGAGACCUUUCGUCUUAUGCCCGAGAAGAAUUUGAUAUCCUGGACUGCCAUGGUAACCGCGUACGCACACGUAUUAGACGCUGACAGAGCAAAAGAAGUUUUCGAUCAGAUGCCGCAAGUGAAUCUCGUGUCAUGGACUGCCAUUCUUACUGCAAAUGCCCAGAGAGGAGAUAUUUCUGCUUGUGAAACUAUUUUUGCUGGGAUUCCCGAGAGAGAUCUCGUGUCAUGGAACGCAAUGCUUGCUGCGUGUUCAGUUAAAGGCCAAGUCAAGAAAUGCAACGCAAUCUUUCUGCUUAUGCCACAGCACGAUCUUGUGUCCUGGACGACAAUGCUUGCAGUGAAUGCCCACAAUGGGCCUAGCAUUGAAGACUGCAAGCGUGCGUUUGACAAGAGCCCGCAGCACAACCUCAUCUCCUACAACGCGAUGCUUUCGGCGUAUUCACUCCACGGCUACGUGCUCGAAGCGGAGCGUUUGUUCUUCCACUCGAUGCCGGAGAGAAACCUUGUGUCUUGGAACACAAUGCUUGCAGUUUACACUCACAAUGGACACACAGCCAAGGCUUUAGAAUUGUUCCACUCAAUCCCAAUCCACGACCAAGUCUCAUUCACGCUCGUCAUCUCCCUUCUCGGAGACAUGGCCUUAGAGUGCAGCAACCGCAAGGAAUCGUGGGAGCUCCUCUCGCGGGCCAAGGACAUGUUUGAUCACGCAAUGCCACACUACACGCUCAUCGCUUGCAAUGCCAUGCUCUCUGCGUAUGCCCGAAACGGGCAGCUCGAAGAAGCCCGGAGGAUCUUCUCAGAGCUCCAGGAGCGCGACGUCGUCGCCUGGAACUCGAUGCUCUCGGCAUUCUUGAUGUCCGGGAGCUUGGACGAGGUGAAGAAGACGUACGACGACAUGCCAUGCAGGAGCCUCGUUUCCAACACCACAAUGCUGGAUGCCUACGUUCAAAACGGCCGCUUCGAGGAAGCCAAAAGCUUGUUCGACGCGAGAAUGCCACAGCACAACACUGCCUCUUGGAACGCAAUGCUAUCAGCGUAUGCCCACAAUCGCUACCUGGAACAGACGAAAGCCUUGCUGGCUCAGAUGCCCGAAGCCAAUCUCGUGUCUUGGAACACUCUUCUUUUCGCAUAUGCCCAAGAAGGGCAUAUGGGGAAAGCCAAGACGUUCUUCGACAGGAUGCCGGAGUGGAGUGUUGUGUCGUGGGGAUCACUGCUCGCCACCUUAGUAACUUACAAGAAAACCAAGUUCCAAGACGAGCAGCUGGUGUCAAACUGGACAGCACUAAAUCUGUUUACAGGAUGGAUGCAUUUGAGCAGCACCCCUCCGGACAAGGUUUGCUUCGUCUCGGCUCUUGUGUCUUGCAGCCAUGCCGGAAAGGUCUACAAUGGCCGGGCUUGCUUCGUUUCGAUGCAAGCGGACUUUGGGAUCAAGCCCAACAAGCGGCACUACUCUUGCAUCCUGGACGUGCUUGUUCGCGCUGGAUAUCUUGCCCAGGCAUGCGAUCUCAUGUCAAGCAUGCCCUUUGUUCCAGACAUUGUAGAUUGGGUGUGUGUUUUGGGAGGCUUUGAGUCGAGUAGCGAUGUCGUCAAGUUGAGAGGAGCAAAUGCCGCUAGCGAAAUUGUUAGAAACGUUAUCGAUCUCAAGCCUUUAGGUGGAGCUGCAUACAUCUUGCUCUCAAACAUGCACAUUCUCACUUCUUCCCCGCCUAGAUGCUAA